ACAUACUGGCGUCUGAGGAACAUUCACCAUAACAUAAAUUAAAUGGCCAUUUUAGAAAGAAACAUUUUUAUUUUAACUUUGGUCGGGGUAUGGAAACCUGAUCAUUGGAAAGGAUUUAAAGCUGCUCUUUAUUACUUUUACAUUUGCUUGGUGACAAUUGUCAAUCACUCAUUUCUUCUUUCUGGUGUUUUGGAUUUUGAGUUACGAAAUAUCGACGUUGUUGUGAUCAUUGAUAAUUUAUCAUUAUUGAUUUGUGUAUUCACAAUUCGUUAUAAAAUCAUCACAUUACUGUAUUAUCGUAAAUUUAUCGAAGAAUUUGUAAAUUGUUUUGAACGAGAUCCAUUCAGAGCAAAAGACGAUGAAGAAGAAAAGAUUUAUAUAAAAUUUGAUAAGCGUACAAAGACACUAUCAAUAUUGUAUGCGGGGCUUUUUACUGUAGCAGUAUCGUGGUAUUCAGUAGGUCAUAUAUUGCGAAUGAGUCCGCCUAUUGUAAUGCCUUAUCAAGGAUGGUUUCCUUAUAACUAUACAACACACAAAUAUUAUUGGCCAACGGUAAUUUAUCAACUUUACGCAGUCUGCAGUGGUGCAUGGGUUAAUUUAGCUUAUGACUCAAUAUUUUGUUCUAUAUUGUACUAUAUUUGUGCGCAGACACACAUUCUUAAGCAUCGAUUUUCUGUACUAGCGGAAAAUUUACAGAAAAUUAAUGAAGGAAAUGACGGGAGCGUAAAUAUCAGAGAAAUAGAACGGAAAAUGAUUGGUGACUGGGUUGAUUAUCAUAACAACAUACUCGAUUUAGUAAAAUUUGUGAAAUCUUUUUUCUCCACGGCCAUAUUUGUGCAGUACACAGCGAGUUCACUUUUGAUUUGCAGUAUUGCGUAUACGUUAUCACACACAGAAACUCGGUCAAUGAAUUUCGCUGGUAAUUUUUUUUAUCUCAUAGCUAUGACGAUCCAGAUAUUUUUUCAGUGCAUUGCUGCUGAUCAAGUUUCAGUUGAGUUCGCUGACAUUACUAAUGCGCUUUUCCGCACUAACUGGUAUAAUUUAAGUAAUAACGUACAAAAGUCCUUGACAAUACUCGCAGAACCUUUGAAACCCACUUUAAUAAAUAGUGGAUACUUUGUUAUAUUAUCUUUGGACUCAUUUACAAAAGUGAUUAAAUUAUCGUAUACUAUUUACAACGUACUUGAAUAAUGUAAUUGUAACUUGCCUAAGUUGCGUUUAAUAAUCUAACUAUUGAGGUUAUGAAUGAGUUAACCUUUCGUUACUCGCGCUAUGAGCGAAUCGCCGACUAACAACUACUCAACCUAUAGAGACUCGCUACAGUGCGAGCUAGAAACUAAAAAAGACGCGAGUAACGAAAGGUUAAGUUUACUUGGAGAAGCAUUGAAUAAUUUUUUUUGCAACUCAUGGUAAGAAAGCAAGUCUUUGAUUGGUUAAAAAUGACACUACAAAGAAUAAAUAUCGCGGAGAAUGUCCACAUUUUUCGUGAAAAAUAUGACAAAUCUACACUUUUUACAGAUAUAUUGAUAUACUAUUUAUUAGACAUUAAACGAUCCAACAGAAAACCCAAUCAACAGCCGUCUCGAGUUAGGACAACGGAAAGUCCCAGACUAUAGAAAAUCAUCUUACUGUAUUUAAUUGUAUAGUCGUCCCGAUGAAAGCUUGGGAUUUUUUCCCACCACGAUU